AUGAAAGAGAAAAAGGAGCGCGAUUUUGAACUGGAAGAAGUCAACAAACUGAAAGGUAGCGGUCUUCUUUACUGUGGUCAGCCUUUCAGAACCGAAUUGAUUACAACCACGAAGCACUUUAGCUUCACACAUCUGACCGUCCAAGAAUUCUUGGCCGCUCGUUGGUUUGUAAGGGAAAAUCGUGUUCCCGAUGCGAAAUGCUCUGAUAUGGUUUACCAAUUCAUGGCUGGCCUUUUCUCACGUGACGCAAACGAGGAAAUGAUGGAAAAAUUGAUAGAUUCACCCUUUAUGCCUCCUUAUCUUAGAAUGAGGUGUCUUAAUGAGUAUCGAAACAAAGAAUUCGCUAAACAGUUCUUGAGGGAGAAUCCCCAAGCGUUUUGUAAUUCACACGGUGUCAUGGAUUUAGGUUGUUACUCAAAUGUAGACUGCAUUACGGUAUCAUUUGUAUUGGACAUUAUCAGUGAACUAAACGAAGAGGAAGCUGGAGAGGCACAACACAAGUAUACCGAUAAGUUUGUCACAGUUGAGAGGUUAGGACUUUCCGGACCACAUCUAAUACUGUCUGGAAUACAACGAGUCUUUAAUUCACUGAUAAAUGAACACUGUCUUGUGUCUGAACUUAUAUUAUCUUACAUUAACUGGAGUGUUGAACAUGUUGAUUUUAUUAAUCGAUUAUAGGUAAGGAAGUUAACUGAAUUAUAUUAAGAUCACCGAUACCGGUGUUGCCAGGCUAUGUGAAGCUUUACAGCAUCCAAGCUGUGAGCUAACCACACUAAAUCUGAAUUCUAGUGGGAUCAAUGAUACCGGUGUUGCCAGUAUAGGUGAAGCUUUACAGCAUCCAAGCUGUAAGCUAACCACACUAUACCUGGGGUUUAGUGAGAUCACUGACACCGGUGUUGUCAGUCUAUGUGGAACUUUACAGCAUCCAAGCUGUAAGCUAACCACACUAUAUCUUGAGGGUAAUAACAUCACUGAUACCGGUAUUGCCAGUCUCUCUGAAGCUUUACAGCAUCCAAACUGUAAGCUAACCACUCUAUGUAUUUCGUUUAGAGGGAUCAGUGAUACCUGUGUUCCCAGUUUAUGUGAAGCUUUACAGCAUUCAAGCUGCAAGCUAACCGCAUUAAGUUUGCUCUGUAAUUUGAUCACUGAUACCAGUGUUGCCUGUCUAUGUAAAGCUUUACAGCAUCUAAACUGUACGCUAACCACUCUACGUAUGCAACAUUGUGAGAUCACUAAUAUCGGUGUUGCCAGUCUAUGUGAAGCUUUGCAGCAUCCGAGCUGUAAGCUAACCACACUAGAUCUGGAGGAUACUGACAUCACUGAUAUCGGUGUUGCCAGUCUAUGUGAAGCUUUACAGCAUCCGAGCUGUAAGCUAACCACACUAGAACUUCCUCUGUCAGUUUAUCAGGAUGAGAUGGCAGCUAGUCUUGAAGCUAUAAUUCGGAGACACCGACCAGCUUUAAAGCUGUCUUUUCAUUAG